GUUCAUGUACAGCUUCUCUGACAGACGCGGCGCUCUUCUUUUUCAAAGCGCUCUCGCGUCUGUUCGUCGCAUCUGGAUAAUCUGCGGCGCGAAUCGCUGCAGUUGUCAGCGCGGAAAUUUUCGUCGUCGGUUACUCGGAGCCGAUAUCCAAUAGGUGCUUCUGAUGGAGGGAGCUGCGACAGGUGCCAAAUCGACCCUUGUCGAAGGUGGCCCGCAGCCGAAUGGACCUGUCGAGGGCAUCACCAGAGUUUACCCAUAUCGUUACGCAAUCCUAUUCUUGUUUUGUAUGUACUCAUUGGCAAACGCUUUCGGUUGGGUAGAAUACUCGAUCAUUCACGACAUUGUCAAAGAUCAUUACAACAUAGAAAACGACGAGACCGUGAACUGGACGGCACUCCUAUACUCGGUCUCCUAUAUUCCGCUGAUUUUUCCGGCAACAUGGCUUAUGGAGAAGAAAGGUCUCCGCUUCGUCAUCAUUCUCGGCGCAUUCGGCACAGCGCUAGGCUCGUGGAUAAAGGUUUUCAGCUGUGAGCCACACCAAUUUUGGAUCACUAUGACGGGACAAGCGAUUGUUGCUUGCUCGCAAAUUUUCAUCCUGUCGAUACCUCCGCGAUUGGCUGCUGUAUGGUUCAGUUCCGAAGAAGUUUCGAGAGCUUGCGCCAUCGGUGUUUUCGGCAACCAGGUGGGCAUAGCGCUCGGUUUUGUUCUUCCGACCAUUAUUGUGCCUUCGUCAGAUCAGCCACACGAAGUGGCUGCCGGCCUCCGAACUCUGUUCAUCGGUGUGGCCGUUGCAACCACGCUCAUUUUCUUCGCUAUAAUCUUCGCUUUCAAGGAGAAGCCCGAUAUACCGCCAAAUAGAGCUCAAAUCACGAGCGAGAUCGACUCGGAUUAUCUGCGGACGAUGAGGCACCUGUUCUCCAACAUGCCUUAUGUCCUGCUUUUAAUCUCUUACGGUGUCAACGUCGGGGUCUUCUAUGCGAUCUCGACCUUGUUGAAUCAGGUUGUUACCAAGUACCUAAAGGGUCAAGAUAAAGCGAUAGGUUUCAUGGGACUCUCAAUGGUUGUUGCCGGAAUGUUCGGUUCCGUCAUCUGCGGCGUGAUCUUGGACAGAACCAAAAAAUUCAAAGAGGUCACUCUAGCCCUUUACCUGCUCACCGCUCUGCUGAUGUUUGCCUACACGUUCGUCUUGAGUGCGAGAUCGCUCCCGAUCAUCUUCGUGACGAUUGCGUCGCUGGGUUUCUUCAUGACGGGAUACAUUCCGAUCGGUUUCGAACUAUCGUCUGAACUCACCUAUCCCGAACCGGAGUCCACCUCGUCUGGACUCUUGAAUGCUUCCGCUCAGAUUUUCGGGAUUCUCUUCACUCUCGGAGCAACGAGAAUCGAAUCAUCUCUCGGGGAUAUAACUGCCAACGUUGCCUUGAGUUUAUGUCUGAUCGUCGGAGUUGUCAUGACAGGUUUCAUCAGGUCGGAUCUGAGGAGACAAAAAGCUUUCGAGGGCAACGUGGUCAAAGUGUACAGCAUCGAAGCGGAGAACCGUUGUCGGGAGAAAAUUGGUCGCUUCUCUAGUCUCAAGAUCUGCAUGAAACUAUUGUUAGACACGCAAUUGACGAUUAAAAUUCGCGACGCUUCCACGGUGUAUCGCAUGCGGAUUCCGGUGGGCAGUCUAUAUCUCGGUUAUCCCCUGCAUGAAGUGAAAAGUUCGAUCGGAGAAUUUGGAAAAGUCAUUAAGGCCAUGGAGCCUCCAUCGAAGAUCGAGAGACGGGAAGACGAUGAAGCGACGUCGUCCGGCAUAGAAGUUUAUCGUUAUCGUUUCGUUGUCUUGUUCCUAUUCUGUUGCUUCUCAAUGUCGAAUGCCUUUCAAUGGGUCGAGCUCUCGAUAAUCCAGUCGAUUGUGAUGAAGUACUAUAAUGUCAAUGAGACGGCGGUCAACUGGACAGCGACUGUAUACUGCGCAACAUACAUCCCUCUGAUAUUCCCUGCGAGCUGGUUGAUGGGUAAGAAAGGUUUGCGCUUCGUGAUCCUCAUCGGAGCCUUCGGAACCACCCUCGGAGCCUGGAUCAAGGUGUUCGGCGUCGCUCCGGACAGAUUCUGGCUCCUCAUGGUGGGCCAAACCGUGGUAGCGAGUUCCCAGAUUUUCGUGCUAUCGAUCCCACCACGGCUCGCAGCAGUUUGGUUCAGCCCGGAUGAGAUCUCACGCGCCUGUGCUGUGGGAGUUUUCGGCAACCAGGUGGGGAUUGCUCUGGGCUUCCAGAUUCCAACGUUGUUAGUCCCGAACGUCGCAGACCUCCAUUUAGUGGAACAGGGCUUGAAAACCUUAUCCUACGGAGUCGCUGCCGUCUCUACAAUCGUUUUCGUGGCUGUUCUGAUAGGUUUCCGCGAAAAACCACCAUGCCCUCCGAACUUGGGUCAGCUGGAAGAGAAGGAGCCUGAUUAUGGUCAAACAAUGAAGAAUUUGGUCAAGAACCGGUCUUACAUUCUCCAUCUGAUCGCUUACGGAAUCAAUACCGGAACUUUUUACGCCAUCUCCAUCCUGCUGGAUCAAAUCCUCUCGAGAUAUUUCAAGGGACAGAACUCGACCAUUGGUUUCAUGGGAUUCGCUCUGGUAAUCACUGGCAUGAUAGGCUCCGUCGUCUGCGGUGUCCUACUUGACAAAACGAAAAAAUUCAAGGAAAUAACUUUGAUGGUUUACCUGCUGUCCACCUUAGGCAUGUUUGCCUACACAUUCGUUCUGAGCGCUGGUAGCAUCUGGCCGACGUUCGCCGUGAUUUCUGCGUUGGGUUUCUUCAUGACCGGCUAUCUACCGAUCGGUUUCGAGUUCGCUUCUGAAUUGACUUACCCUGAGCCAGAGGGCACGACCUCAGGACUGCUGAAUGCAUCCGCUCAAGUAUUCGGCAUUCUGUUCAUGUCAGUCGCGUCCAUGUUGGACACUCGCUUCGGUGACGUCGUUUCGAAUUUGACCCUGGGAAGUUUCAUGAUAAUUGGAACAAUACUCACAGUCCUGUGCAAAGCGGAUCUUCGGAGACAGCGCGCAUUCGGAGCUCUCCUGAAUCCUAUCACUCCGUCGAGCGUCGUGACAGUCUCUUAGCUGUUAAACGCUGUAAUAUUUUUAACCAUGAAGUUCGAUCCUCAUUGAGAUUACGCGUAAGGCGGUGUAUAGACUCACAUUUAUAAAUGUCCAACGAGCACUGAACACCCGGGGAGAACCUCAUCACCUAACAAGCCCACUAAGAGCUGAUUCUAUGGAAAAGACGGAGGCCCGAGCUAUUUUAGGAUGAAAGUACCGUAUUCGGAGAAAUGUCUCGCCCGAGUCUCCGCGAAGAUUGUAAAUAUUGAACCCCUGGAGGUCCGGGAUCGUGACUUCGUAUAUAGAUG